AAAAAGAAAAAGAAAAGAAAAGAAAAAAAAAAAGUAUAGUCUAAGAAGAAGAAGAAGAAUCAAGAUUAAAGAUAAACCAUGUUCUUUCCCAAUAGCAAAGAAGCCCUUCAAACAUUAGCUUUUCAGACAACCAAGUGAUUCCUUUUUGCCAUGAAACACCAUUAAAUAUAGCCUUUUUUCCCUUUGCCUAUUUGCAACUACAUCUUCUUACCAUACCUUCUCCUUUUUCUCUUUGCUUGCUUUUCUUUCUUUAUUAAUUGUUCUCCCGUAUUACAUAUAUUUUCUCUUGUUCUUGAUUCGAGUUACGAACGUCUGCGCGUGAAAAUUUAUAUGUGUAAUUAGUUAGACAAUAUCAUGAUGACAUCGCCAUCGGAACUAAGCUUUGAUUGCAAACCCCAAAUCUAUUCCAUGCUCCCGAAACCUUUCGGGGAGCAAAUACUAUCAUGCGAUCAACAAACGCAAAAGAUCGAAGAGUUUCUAGCCCGCCUCGAAGAAGAAAGGCUCAAGAUCGACGCUUUCAAGCGCGAGCUUCCCCUUUGCAUGCAACUCCUCACAAAUGCAAUGGAGGCAUCGAGGCAACAACUACAGUCACAAAGGACAAACCAAGAAGAAAGGCCGAUACUCGAGCAGUUCAUUCCACUAAAAAACACGAGCAAUAAUUCGUGUAAUAAUAAUAUUUCAGACAAGGAGGCGAAUCUAUCGGCAGACAAAGCAAACUGGAUGACGUCCGCACAGUUAUGGAAUCAAGAAAGUGGAGAGGAGGAAGAAGAAGAAGAAGAGACGAAGCCACCUCCGUCGCCGUUAAGGACAAUAUUACCCCCACAAGAAAUUACCGAUUUCAAACUAGGGUUUACGAACGAGGGCAAAAAGGUCAUUAACGGCGGCGGCGGAGCGUUUCUACCGUUCUCUUCUUCUUCUUCGAUGAAUUGCGGUGAAGGGUUUCCGGAAUUAGCGCUUGCUAAUUCAUCCCGUAAUGAAGAGAUGAAGAAUUCGUCGUCGUCGUCGGAGGUUGUUAAGAAUAUUUGUCGGAGAGAGAAUUCGGUUGCUGUUGUUGGUAGUGAGAGAGAGCAGGUUGUUGUUAGUGGUGGGGCGGCGGCGAGUAAUGGAAGUCAGACUAACAGAAAGGCGAGGCGGUGUUGGUCGCCGGAUUUGCACCGGCGGUUUGUUAAUGCUCUUCAUAUGUUGGGUGGUUCACAAGGUAAGAACAUGGCUACUCCGAAACAAAUUAGAGAGCUGAUGAAGGUGGAUGGUUUGACCAAUGAUGAAGUUAAAAGCCAUUUGCAGAAAUACAGACUCCACACAAGAAGGCCAAGUCCGAGCCCACAAACUUCCGUGGCGGCGGGCCCUCAGGUGGUGGUUCUGGGUGGGAUAUGGGUCCCACCGGAAUACGCGGCUGCCGCGGCUGCACACCACCACAGCGGCGCACAGGCUGCAGCCCUAUACGGAGCACACGCCGCCCAUCACCUUUCACCUUCUUUCUGCGGCUCCCAGUCGGCACAGCCAGGACAGCAAGAACUCUACCCCGCAAUAGCACCGCCGCCGCCCCCCCAUAACCACCAGCUUCACCGCCACGCCAUCCACCACCACCAGCAACAGCAACAACAGCAGCAGCAACUCCAUUUGUACAAUAAGCCUCCUCCGUUAACACAACGCGGGAGAAACAUCUCGCCGGAAACAGAUGUCCGUGGUGGCGGCGGCGCCGGUGACCCGUCGGAGAGCAUUGAAGACGGAAAGUCGGAGAGCGGCAGCUGGAAGGCUGACAGUGGUGGUGGUGAAAACGGUGGAGAGAGAAGAAGACUUGACGGGGAGGAAAGUAACGGUAGCGGCGUCACGCUCAAAUUCUGAAAACCGUUAAAUGCAACUAAUCAACGUUAGUGUCGGUUAAUUAGGGUUUUAGGGCAGUGAGUAUAAUUUAGGGGUUUGUAUUUUAGUUGUAUUUAUUUUGAAGUCCCUAUAACAUAGGACUGUGUUUGUUUGAAAAUUGGGACCCUCCAAUAUUUUUGUGCUUGCCCAUGUUUUUGAAAAAUAAAUUAAGAUAAAAUAAAAUUGGAGAAUGUAUUAAUUUAAACUUAAUUGUUCAAACUUAUGAAUUUGGACGGUAUUGUAAUAAAAUAUCAGCGUUUCUGAAA